GUUUUUCUCUCGUUGAAAGUUUGGCAGACUGGUAAUGCAAUCAGCAAUCUGAGAAUCCUAACAGAUUUAACAUUACUUAUUAGUCUUUGGAUAACUGUCUGUUUAGCCUGAUAUAUUUUAUCUGAAAAUGCGGGCAGAUAUACAAUGCUUACGUGGUUUGGCUAUAAUUUUUGUUUUGUGUUUUCAUCUGUCACCUAAUUUAUUUGUUAAUGGAUUUCUAGGAGUUGACAUCUUUUUUGUGAUCUCUGGAUUUUUGAUGGCAAAUAACUUGACCAACUUAAAUUUACUAAAUGUGCAUGAUUUUCUGUUAUUCUACUACAAAAGAUUUCGAAGAAUUCUACCAUUGUAUUUUCUUGCAAUUUUUCUAAUUUUAAUAUUAGUACACGUUUUUCUACCGGAUUUCCUGUGGCAAAAUAAUAAUAGAUACUCUUUCGCUUCUCUCUUUUUGAUAACGAAUCAAUUGGUUAUUCACGAUCAGUCGGAUUAUUUUAACGAAUUUGUUUCGUCCGUGUCAUCUAUGAAUGCAUUCCUACAUUUAUGGUCAUUAUCAGUGGAAAUGCAGUUUUAUCUUCUAGUUCCAUUUAUUUUCUUGGGGAUUCAGUUUUUGAAAAAUGACACUUUAAAAUUGAUCGCUGUCUCACUCAUGACUGUGUUCGGUUUUAUUGGUUUUGCGUUAAUUCUUGACAAGUUUGCUUUCAACUUCUUGUUUCUUCGAAUGUGGCAGUUUUCUUCAGGAUUUAUAGUCUUAUUUUGGACCAAAAUCAGAAGCAGAAAACCUCCAAACAAAAAUGAUUCAGAGAAAGACAUUUCCACAAUCUCAAUACCUAUUAAAGAUUUCGUGGUGGUAGCUCUUUCAAUUUUGGGUUUAAGUUUGCUACCAAAGGAGAUUAACGUGUUGGUUUUGAGACCAUUAGUUACAUUAGCCACAGCGUUUAUCAUUGGUGCCGAAUCAAAAAAUGUUCAGUUGCUAAACUCAAAGGUUCUCGUUUACAUUGGUGAUAUUUCAUAUGUGGUCUAUCUUGUACACUGGCCCGUUAUUUCGAUAUUCUUAUCUGCGACAGUGAAAAGUUACUUGUUUUGUAUCCUGUCUAUAUUUAUUGCUUCAAUCGUAUUGCAUCAUCUAUUUGAAAAACAGUACCUGAAACUGGAAAUGAGAGCAGUAUUUCCCUUGGUAUUUUUGUUCAUUGCCGCAAAUGCCUACUUACAAUAUAGUGUGAGAUAUCACACUUUUUGGAAGUAUAACUACACAUCGGAAAUUCAAGAAAUAAUUAAUCAAAAUCAUAAAUCCUACGCCCCUCUCUACGAUUUUGAAACUCGACAGGCAAAAUGCUUGGAAAAUAGUUUAGAUGUUCCAUUUGCGAAAAAAGAUCUUAUCGGAUAUUGCAGAUUUCCACCUGGCAAUGGUACGGCAUCUGUAAUGAUGAUUGGUAACAGUUAUAUUCUUAAUUUCGUGGAUCAAAUUGAAGCAUCAUUUCACAAGAACUAUUCGGAAUUUAGAUAUAUUUCAAUUAUAGCUAGCUAUGGAACCUAUGUGAGCAGCUGGAAAAUAUCUCAACAAGCUUUAGAAAUAUCUAAAAAGCAAGUUGAAUCACACAAACCAGACGUUCUAUUUAUUAUUCCAAGAUACAUGCAAAACAUAAAAGAUCCUAUCAGAGUGAAUGACACAAUUGUCCAUGAAAUGAACACAAAUUUGGCGUACUACGAGAAAUUCGUCAGAAAAAUAUAUAUUUUGGAUGCUCUUCCAGAAUACAGUGAAAACUUCUUCACACUAUUUUUACAUUACUUGGUCACAAGACCCGAUGAUAUGGAGCUCUUACACUUGAACAAGAAAAAAGCAGAUCGGGAAAUGAGGAAUGUAAGAAAACGGUUGAGAAUGAUAAAAUGUGAAAAAUGCCAGAUAUUUGAUUUGAGCCACCUGUUUGUGGAAAACGAUAAAUACUUGACUUUUGACAGAAAUUCAAUGCUUUCCUACAUUGAUAAUUCCGUUCACUUGACGGAUGCUGGAGUGAAGCCAUGUGAACCAAUUUUCAGAAAUAUUACUGCUGAAAUAAUCGAGAGCCUAUGAUGGUAAAAUCUACUAUCUUGAAUUCGAAUGCCAGUAUUCAACCCUCAUCUCACUGGACCUUCUGAAAACAAAAAAUAAUUUCGUUUUUUUUUAUUUGUGAGGUAAAAACUGAAUUAUCAGAUUUUUGAGAGAUCCGUUUUUGAAUUAUAUCAAGGAGAACUUUGAAAAUUUUUUAUUUUUCAAUUUUCAAAAACCCAGUAGCCGUAUUUAAUUUUCCAUUUCCUAAUGUCAUGUCCCCAAUUUUUAUUUAUUCGAAACGUUUUUCAUAAAUAAUUAAGCGU